CGGCGGGAGAGCUCCAGAGCGGCCGCUUGUCGCGCGCUCCCGAUACCGCCCCGCGUAAACCAUACCAACACGUAACAUAUGAACAUCGAUGUUGGAAUUUCUAAAUAUUGUUUAAAGUUUUUGACGAGGUUCAGAGUUUUUGCAAUGUAUGUACCGAGGAUUACUUCGAUGAGUGCAUAACAGCGCACCAUAUCGCGUUGAGGAUGACGCGAGCAUCCACGUCACCGCCUCUGCGACUGCUGGAGCGGUUCGCCAACAGCACACCAGCCCCAACCACCACGACCACCAGCACCAAUGUCGCCCCCUCCGUGCCGAAGCCCAGCGCAAACAACAAGAGGCCCACACCCAUCAUUAUUUAUCCCACGGUGACACCGGAAUCGAUAGUAGUGCCGAUUGUAUCGUGUAUAUUCGGCUUUCCAUUGUUGGCACUCACCGUUAUCUGCUGCUUGAGGAGGAGGGCCAAAAUGGCUAGAGAGCGAGCGAGGCGGCGAAAUUGUGAGCUGGACCGUGGGGAGCUGUCAGUGGUAAAGAUGUCUCCGGUAAAGACGAAACCGCGUCCUGUCAGCCUGAUUCGUUCGCCAAGACCGCCGCCUACUCUCGAACUUGACACCGUGCUUGAGGAACGCUCCGACCCUGAACAGACUACACUCUCACAGGUGGAGGUGACGCCAGAUCGCGAGGUGGGUACGAUACUGUUUGGAGCUGUGGGUGCUAUGGGUACGGCGGCGGCCGCGGCCAUGUGCAACCGGGACAGCUAGCGGCGGGGCUCGGUGCAGCCUGGCGCGCGCUCUCCGCUCUGGGCAGCACUCACGAGCCAACCUCUCGACGAAGACGACGCCGACGAUGACGAAACUGCUGGCGAGGACAGCUAGCAAUUGGACGAGCGCUCCAUUGUCGACAUCGGCGAGCGCAUGAAACUUUUCCUAGACAUCCCGCUAAGAUUCUGAAAUGUUGUAAAAAUGUGUCAAUCAUUUUCUGAUUACUCCAUCUUUAAUAAUGAAUAUUAUCAAAAAUAAAUCCAUCCUUCUAAUCAUCAAUCACAUCGGCAUGUUUGUGAAUAAGUACUUAUUGAGUUUUUUUAUUCUCUUAGGAAACGUCUGAAGUGAACACUUCAUUAUGUUGAAGUGCCAAUGUAGUGGUCACAUCUGUCCCAUAGAACUGAACGAGUUUCAGGCCACGUACAAUAGAGCGUGAAAACCCUAACUGACAUUACUAAGAAUAGUGACCCAGUAUUAGGAAAAAGGUUCAAAAGAAAUCUUAGACUUUGAAAGGCCUACGUAGGUUAUAAUCUAGGUAUUAAUAACCACGAACUAGGAGGCAAACGUUAAUCAUUCUCUUCAAGACCGCUCUUUUGAGCUCACUCAGAAUUUAAAUUUGGAAGUCGUUCUAAUAUUUAAUAAUUAUUUACCAUGU